UUUUCCUUAAGGAGCAUAUGCUCUGGUCAUUGAUGUUCUUGUAUGAUAAGAACGAAUAAAUACAUACUCGUUGCAUAUUUUUACAGGAUUGGUAGUUCAUCUUAUCCAUGCUCCUCGAUGAAAAUCAAUCUUUGAAAAUGGUGCAACAAACUUGUUGGGAGACUUCUGCGUGCAUCAGUUAAAAAGAUUGUUGGUGAGAGGACUGUUGGUGAUAACAGAAAACACUACUAAUACUUAUAUUCAAGACAUUGUCUAUUUCUCAUACAAAGCACCCAACAUCUAUCAAUGAAAAGUACAAAAUUGUGGACCAAGAUUUGUUGUAGUAAGUGCCAUUUUGAUACCACCCGAAACAGUAAAAAGAAAAUGCGGUUCGGUUGGUUUUUAAAAGGUUCUGUAUUUUUCUACUAUCAUGGGAGCACUUAGCAAAUACUAUAACUAUAAUUCUAACCCUUAUCAACCUCUUCAAACUAACACCAACUCAGAAAUCAACACUUUUCAACAUCAUGAACAAGAACAACAACUGUUAUUACCUGAAUUAACACAAAUUUUAGAACAUAACCACCAUUUUUCUUCAUCUUAUUUAGAUGAAACUUUGUUUUUUCAAAGUCCUUAUUUUUACUCAAAUGAGACUUACCCUUCUCAUGAACAACUACUUUUUGAUUCAACUUUCUCUUCUCAAAAUGAUGGAUUCAUUUCAAUGAAUGAAAUUUUCCCAAAUGAAGAAAAUUUCAACACUUACCUUCCAUGUGCAAAACGACAAAAGCUAUGUUAUGAGGAGAAAAAAGUUCAACAACAAGAAGAGAUUUUGAACUCAACCAAUUUUUUUGUGGAUGAGUUUAUGACUAACCCUUUUGGUUCUUUUGAAGCAGAACAACCAUUUUGUUCUGCUUCGAAAAUUGUUGGUUGUGAGAAGAAAGUGUACGAAAAGACUAUCUCGUCACAGAGUAUCGUGGCGAGAGAAAGAAGAAGAAAGAUAACUGAGAAGACACAAGAGCUUGGAAAGUUGGUUCCUGGUGGGCCUAAGAUGAAUACAGCAGAGAUGCUUAUUGGUGCUGCUAAUUAUGUUAAGUUUCUUCAAGCUCAAGUUGGAAUGCUUCAAGUUAUGGGAACAUUAAGCAAGGAAGAAAAGGAACCUCCUCCAAGUCAAGAUAUACACAAACUACUUGUUUCUCCCUUUGUUCAAGAGAAAUUGUAUUUGGAAGAAAAGUGCUUUGUUACAAAAGAGUUUAUCACCACACUAACCAAUCAUGAUAAUGUUAGAUCAAAACCUACCAUCCUUAAGGGUCUUAAACAGCUUAUUGGAACAGAGAUUAAUGAGAAGAAACCAAAGCAAGAAUAA